AUGGAAGAUAAAUUUAGAGAAGCUUUCAUCCUUUUCGGUUCAUGUAAUGAUACUCUUGAGUUAUACCAAUUUUAUGAGUUGGCACAUUCCUUUGGAAUUGUACUAACACCAGAUGAGAAAAACGAUUUACCAAUGGUCGUUGACAUGAAAUAUUGGUUAGACUUUGCAAAAAAACGCUACAACAGCGAGAACCCACUUAAGCAGAUUAAAAGUGCAAAUGAACAAAACGCUAGCGUCAAAAUAAAAAUCGAUAACUUUAUUGGAAUUAUGAAUGCAUUAGAUACAAGAUUAUCUGAUAAAGACAUCAAUUUAUUAUUAAAAAUUACUAACCCAAAUAAUGAAGAUACCAUAGACCUUAAUUCCAUUUCACAAAGAUUAGAAGAAGUUAUGUAA